AUGGCAACAACACAUGGACAACAGCAUCCCCAUGAUCUUCUGGCCCAGACUGGUCGACAGCAGCAGCAGGCCGUUAUUCUUCAGCCUAAUCGACACUCUGCGAUUUACCUUGCAGGUGCCGGUGGAAAUGGCAAUAAUGGAGCCACUUUCCUGUCGAACAGUCAACAUUCAGUCCCUCUUCCACUGCCUCCACCAGCUCAGCAUCAGAGUCAGCAGCAGCAGCUGCUUCUUCUUCAACAUACUCAAAACCGGUCUGGUCAACUGUUGUCACAAGUUGCUUCUCUCCAACCGUCUACACCUCUUUCCCAUCAGCAGCAUUCACACUCCGGAGUACCGCCACCUCCGCCGGUCCAUGCUUAUCCUGCUGGCAGUCAGCUCCAGGCUCAAUCAUCUCAAGACUAUGGACAUCAGGCUUCGCUCCAAAACACUAUAAGUACAGGAAUCAAAGCGUCAAAUGACCUUUCGCACCAUUAUCCCUGGAGUGGCGCAACCUCUGCUACCACCGGCGCUGGCUUCUCCAACAUCGGUUCCGCCAAUGGUCUUUCGGCCGGCGUUACUUCGUACCGUAAUAGUCUGGCCAUUUCCACUGGGCUUGCACAGCAUGCCCACAUUCUGCCCGUCCAUCAUCAGCACCACUAUCGGCAUACCCAGACACAAUCGUAUCAAUACCAGCAUCAAAACCAAAACAGUGUUCAGGAUCAGCUUCAGCUCCCACAACAAAAUCUUGCCUAUCCGCCUAUCCAAUUAUCGAAUCAGCACAUGGCAAACGAAGCAGCUCAAAAUUCUGCUAUCUGUCAAAUGAACCUCAGCUAUCCACCAACACAGUCGGCUCAUUCAGUUGCCUACACCAAAGAACAGGCUCAACAACAGCAACAUUUCUCUAUUCUUGCAGCCAACAAUGGUGGAACUCAUGUAUAUCAGACGGCCUCUGGACCAAUCCGACAAACAAAACCUCAAGCAUCAGUCAGAUCACUGUUAUCUGCCGCCAUGGGAACCACGUCCUAUCGACUAGCUACAAACGGGACAACCUUAAACCAGCUGCCAGUACCUCCGCCACAUUUACCACCAGGUGUCGUCGCGUCGAAAGGCAACUCUCAGUGCCACCAACAGCAUCAAUUAUCCUACCAACCGCCUCGUAAUUCGAUCCACCUCCUCAGCGGCGAGGCCUCAGCACCCAUCUCCGAUGGCAAUAUUGGAAGUUGGACAAAUAACAGUGCUAGCGUAGGCCCUGCCCAAGUGUCCUCUGCCUCUGGAUCUAGCAAGCCGAAUUUCGGGGAUCCAAAUACUACCUCUUCAUCCUCCUCUGAAUCUUCUUUCUCAUUCACUUCAGCAGGUGCGCUCCUCGCGCCUCCUACGCUAACUUCACCAGCCUCUGGGGCACUCCAUUUGGCCUCAGUGAGCAACACUUUGUCUUCCGUCGCUGUCUCUCCUGUCUCCGCUACUUUAUUUUAUACAUCUUCUAAUUCUUCUGCACCGGCGCCUAGCUCCUUAAGUGGCCAUUUGACCCGUCUCCCGGGCUUGACCUGUCUUCCGGCGCAACCAAAGGUACCAGCAGUCGGCCCUACUUCGAGACCUCUCUCAGCUGCUUUCGAGGCAACAGCCUAUCAAAAAACUGUCCCUACAGCCAGUUCAAUGACAGCAGUUUCGCGCCCUCUAAUUUUGACCCAGUCAGGUUUAACUGGAGAAUUCACCUCUGCCACAAGCAAUUAA